GCGGGCUGUUGCUUUCAACACGUUUUUUACGCCAGUCCAAACUGGGCUGCACCCAGCAACGGCAGCGCUAGAGACGAUUCCUGUAAGUCAUUUCAGGAACAUUUGUCCAGUCAAGUGAACCUCUUGCUCUGUAUGAAGACUUACGUUUGAGAAAACAAAAGCCACACCAGUGGGACACACUUUGUUGAGUGCCACAACAUGUUCAAUUUGAUCAAAAAGGAUAAGGAAAGGGAUGGGGGGAAAAAAGAAAAGAAAGAAAAGAAAGAGAGGAUGUCUGCAGCAGAGCUACGCAGUCUGGAAGAAAUGAGUAUGCGCCGUGGUUUCUUCAACCUGAAAAGGGAAGCUAAAAGGGAGUCAAAGCACAAGGUUGAGAUCUCAAACCCCAUCCCUAUCAAAGUGGCCAGUAGCCAUGAGCUGAGCCUCACUGACAUCGAGUCGGAUGGUUUAAGCAACCGCAGCAGUAUGGUUCUGGAUGACCAGCUCAGCGCUGCCAGCUCUACUGAUGACUUGAAGGGAGAGGGUGGGGGAGGACAAGAUGGACACCGUAGCUCAGUGCGAGACCGUGUUGCCCACUUUGGUUCGCUGGCUAAGCAGAACUCCUCACAAGUUGGUCAGAUGAUGAAGCGCUUCUCUUUUUCCCAAAGGGGCAAAGAGGAGAGCCCCUUAGAUGGUUCUACACCCUCAGGCCAGAAUUCUACUGCUCCUUCACCUCAGGUAGAGGCCAAGGUGUUUGAUUCACAGUGCAAGCACAGCCUCAAGCAACAGCUUGGAGCACCAGCGGCUAUAAAGGUCUGCAUCCCUGAAGUAGUGGACAAGACCUUUCCUGCAGAUCUAAGACUUCCUGCUGUCAUUGCACCAACUUCACCUGAAACGCGUGAACUUGAACUCCAGCGUCGCAACACCGGUGACUUUGGAUUCUCUUUGCGCCGCACUACUAUGCUUGACCGUGGCAUGGAUGGAGGAGUAUACAGACGUGUGGUUCACUUUGCAGAGCCCGGUGCUGGCACUAAGGACCUCGCACUGGGGCUUGUGCCAGGUGACAGGCUGGUAGAAAUCAAUGGUCAUAAUGUGGAGAGCAAGAGCCGGGAUGAAAUAGUGGAGAUGAUCCGCCAGUCUGGAGAAACAGUCCGACUCAAAGUGCAGGCCAUCCUGGAGCUGAGCGAGUUGAGCUGCUGCUGGCAGAGGAACACUGAGGGGCUCUACAGGGAGGCUAGAGAAGUGAAGACCGAGGAGCAGAUAGCAGCAGAGCAGGCAUGGUAUGGCUCAGAGAAAGUGUGGCUGGUCCACAAGGACGGCUUCUCCUUAGGCACUGUAGUAAAGACAGAGUCUGAUUCUGUGACUGAGGGCAAGGUGAGAAUCAAACUGGAACAUGAUGGGACAGUACUGGAUGUAGAUGAAGAUGAUGCGGAAAAGGCCAACCCUCCAUCAUAUGACCGCUCUGAAGACUUGGCCUCGUUGCUCUACCUAAAUGAGUCCAGUGUCAUGCAUUCCCUGAGACAGCGCUAUGGAGGCAACCUCAUCCAUACCUAUGCUGGACCCAGCAUGGUGGUGAUCAACCCCCUCAGCACACCUUCUAUGUACUCAGAGAAGGUGAUGCACAUGUUCAAAGGCUGCCGGCGUGAGGACAUGGCUCCUCAUAUCUAUGCUGUGGCCCAGUCUGCCUACCGCAACUUGCUGACCACUCGUCAAGACCAGUCCAUUGUGUUGCUUGGCAAGUCUGGCAGCGGCAAGACCACCAACUGUCAGCACCUGGUGCAGUACUUGGUCUCUAUCGCUGGUAGCACUGGCAAGAUCUUCUCAGCGGAGAAAUGGCAGGCAGUGUACACUAUCCUGGAGGCUUUUGGGAACAGUGCCACUUCCAUGAACACUAAUGCCAGUCGCUUCUCCCACAUUGUUUCUCUGGACUUUGAUCAGGCUGGACAGGUUGCCUCUGCCUCUAUUCAGACCAUGCUGCUGGAGAAGCUGAGGGUGACCAAACGCCCAGAGGCCGAGUCCACCUUUAACAUCUUCUACUACAUGAUGGCCGGAGCUGACGCUGCUCUCAGAACGGAGCUACACUUAAACCACUUUGCUGAGAACAGUGCUUUUGGGAUCCUACCUCAGUCCAAGCCUGAGGACAAGCAGCGAGGCUCCCAGCAUUUCAUCAAGCUGCAGGCAGCCAUGAAAGUGCUAGGCAUCUCUGUUGAAGAGCAGAAGGCCCUCUGGCUCAUUCUGGGGGCUAUCUACCACCUUGGGGCUGCAGGGGCCACUAAAGCUGGGAGAAAGCAGUUUGCUCGCCAUGAGUGGGCCCAGAAGGCUGCCUACCUGUUGGGCUGUACCCUGGAGGAACUUUCCUCUUCCAUCUUCAAACAUCACACCAAAGGACUUCAGCACUCCACUUCAUUCAGAGGAGGCCCCGAGGAAGCCGACAGAAGUGACGGCCCAGGUCUGAAGAUCACAGCCCUGGAAUGUCUGGAGGCCAUGGCAUCAGGUCUCUACUCAGAGCUCUUCACCCUCGUCAUCUCCCUUGUUAACAGGGCUCUAAAGUCCACUCAGCACUCCCUGUGUUCACUGCUGAUUGUAGAUACACCAGGUUUCCAGAACCCCCGCAUGGCACAGCGCCAACGAGCGGCCACCUUUGAGGAGCUCUGUCAUAACUACACUCAGGAGAGGCUGCAGACCCUCUUCCAUGAGCGAAGCUUUGUCCAGGAACUCGAGCGAUACAAAGAGGAAAACAUAGAGCUUGCUUUAGAUGACAUAGAAUCCAGUACCUCAUUGACUGUAGCAGUCGUUGACCAACCCUCAACUCAAACCCUGGUGCGUACCCUUGCCAGGACAGAUGAAGCACGGGGUCUACUGUGGCUGAUGGAGGAGGAAGCCGUUUCGCCAUCAGGAUCAGAGGAAACAUUGCUGGAGAGACUGUUUAACUACUAUGGUCCCACACAGGGAGAAAACAAAGGUCCCGGUUUGCUGCUGAAGGGGGAGAAGGCCAAUUACUUCCUGCUGGGCCACAGCUGUGGAACAGACUGGGUGGAGUAUGAUACUCAGGGCUGGCUGAGCCACGCCAAGCACAACCCUGCCUCGCAAAAUGCUGCCAUGCUGCUGCAAGACUCCCAAAAGAAGAACAUAAGCGGGCUGUUCAUGGGCAGAGUAGCUGGGGCUACAGUGCUUUCAGGCUCCGUCGCAGGUCUGGAGGGCGGCUCUCAGCUAGCCUUACGACGUGCCACCAGCAUGAGAAAGACCUUCACCACAGGCAUGGCUGCUGUUAAAAAGAAGAGCCUCUGCAUCCAGAUCAAACUGCAAGUGGAUGCUCUGAUUGACACAGUGCGUCGGUCCAGGAUACACUUUGUUCAUUGCCUGCUGCCCAAAGCAGAGGCAGUGGGUGCAGGAGGUGAUCCCCGUGUCGCCCAUGGAGAAAGUUCUGAUGCUGGCCUCAUGACGCUUGAUGCAGGCCUGCUCAGGGCCCAGCUCCGUGGCUCCAAACUACUAGAUGCAUUGCGAAUCUACAGACAAGGGUAUCCUGACCACAUGGUGUUCUCUGAAUUCCGUCGACGCUUUGAUGUACUUGCACCAAACCUGACCAAGAAGCACAGCCGCAACUACAUUGUCACCGAUGAGAGGAGGGCCGUGGAGGAGUUGUUGGAGUCCUUGGAACUGGAUAAGAGAAGCUACCACAUGGGAUUGAGCAAGGUUUUCUUCCGAGCAGGGACCUUGCCCAAGUUGGAAGAGCAGCGAGAUGUGCAGACGAGGAGGAACAUCACACUGUUCCAGGCUGCUUGUCGUGGAUACUUAGCCAGACAGGCAUUCAAAAAGAGGAAGAUUCAGGACCUGGCCAUUCGCUGCAUCCAGAAGAACAUUAAGAAGAACCGUGGAGUAAAGCACUGGCCGUGGUGGAAGCUCUUCACUGUUGUCAGGCCUCUCAUUGAGGUGCAGCUCACUGAGGAGCAGAUUCGUGGCAAAGACGAGGAGAUCCAGCAGCUGAAGCAAAAGGUGGAGAAGUUGGAGAAGGAGAGGAAUGAGCUGAGACUCAACAGUGAUCGUCUUGAGCGACGGAUUACAGAGCUCUCAUCAGAGCUUGCUGAUGAGAGAAACACGGGAGAGUCUGCCUCCCAGCUAUUGGAGACAGAGACCUGUGAGAGAUUACGACUGGAGAAGGAAAUGAAGGACCUCCAGGCCAAGUAUGACAACAUGAAUAAACAGAUGGAGUCAAUGGAAAUGGAAGUGAUGGAGGCGAGACUCAUCAGAGCGUCCGAACUCAACGGAGAGGUAGACGAUGAUGACACAGGAGGAGAGUGGAGGUUGAAGUACGAGCGAGCGAUCAGGGAGAUCGAGUUCACCAAGAAGAGGCUCCAGCAGGAGUUUGACGACAAGCUGGAGGUGGAGCAACAGAACAAACGGCAGUUAGAGAGGAGGAUUGGUGACUUGCAGGCAGAUAAUGAAGAGUCCCAGCGCAUGACCCAGCAACUGAAAAAGAAGUGCCAAAGGCUGACUGCUGAGCUGCAAGACACUAAGCUCCACCUGGAGGGUCAACAGAGCCGUAACCAUGACCUGGAAAAGAAGCAGAGAAAGUUUGACAGUGAACAGAGCACGGUGCAGGAGGAAGUUCAGAGAGAGCGGUGCCAAAAGGAGAAGCUGGCCAGGGAGAAAGACAUGUUGACUGGAGAAGUCUUUAGCUUGCGACAACAGCUUGAGGACAAGGACCUUGAGAGGUGCGCAGUCAACCUGAAGCUGGAGCAGCUAGAGGCUGAGUUGCAGGACCUAAACUCUCAGGAAUCCAAAGAUGAGGCUUCCCUGGCCAAGGUCAGGAAGCAGCUCCGAGACAUGGAGGCAAAGGUCAAAGACCAGGAGGAGGAGCUGGAUGAGCAGGCAGGCACCAUCCAAAUGCUGGAGCAGGCCAAGUUGCGUUUGGAGAUGGAGAUGGAGCGUCUUCGCCAAACACACUCCAAGGAUAUUGAGGGCAAAGAUGAUGAGGUGGAGGAAAUCAGACAGUCCUGUAGCAAGAAGUUGAAGCAGAUGGAGGUCCAGCUAGAAGAGGAAUAUGAUGAGAAACAGAAGGUGCUGAAAGAGAGGAGGGAGCUGGAGGCUAAGCUUCUGUCUGUUCAGGACGAGGUGAGACACACUGACAUUGAGACUGAGAAGAGAUUGAGGAAGGAUUUGAAGAGAACUAAAGUCCUUUUGGCUGAUGCCCAGAUCAUGUUAGACCACAUGAAAAGCAACGCACCCAGCAAGAGGGAGAUUGCCCAGCUCAAGAACCAGUUGGAGGAGUCUGAGUUCACGAGUGCAGCAGCAGUCAAGGCCCGUAAAUCCAUGGAGGUGGAGAUUGAAGACCUGCAUGUUCAGAUGGAGGACAUUUCCAAAGCCAAACAGGUGCUGGAGGAGCAAGUCAGCCGCCUGCAGAGGGAGAAAAAUGACUUACAGUCUCGGAUGGAGGAAGAUCAGGAGGACCUCAAUGAACUGAUGAAGAAACACAAAUCUGCUGUGGCCCAGUCUGCACAGCACCUGGCCCAGAUUAGUGAUCUUCAAGGCCAGCUGGAGGAGGGCCUAAAGGAGAAGCAGGAGAUCCAGGAGAAGAUGCAGGCCCUGCAGAGCCAGCUGGAUUUCCAGGAGCAGUCAAUGGUGGAGAAGUCCCUUGUAAGUCGGCAGGAGGCAAAAAUUCGAGAGCUGGAGACUAAGCUGGAGUUUGAAAAGACUCAGGUCAAACGCCUGGAGGGCCUUGUAGCCCGGCUCAAGGAAAACCUGGAGAAGCUGACAGAGGAACGCGACCAGCGCAGCACCAGCGAGAACCGUGAGAAGGAACAUAACAAACGUCUCCAGAGGCAGAUCAGGGACAAUAAGGAGGAGAUGGGUGAACUGGCCAAGAGGGAAGCAGAGGCCAGCCGCAAAAAACAUGAAUUGGAAAUGGACAUUGAAAGUUUAGAGGCUGCUAACCAGAGCCUGCAGGCAGACCUCAAACUAGCCUUCAAGAGGAUUGGUGAUCUUCAGGCAGCCAUCGAGGAUGAGCUGGAGAGUGAUGACAACGAAGACCUAAUCAACAGCUUACAAGACAUGGUGACUAAGUAUCAGAAAAGAAAGAACAGAAUUGAGGGGGACUCAGACACAGACUCAGAGGACCGUGUGGAUGGGACGAAGUUUUGGCUGUCCAAAAACAAGAGUUGUGCAAAGAACCUCUCAGAUGACAGCAGUCUCAAGAACUCCAGCCCCACCAGCCAACGACGCUUCUGCUUUGAUGGAUCUGACCAGGAGGAGGAAACGCAAAAAAACUUGGGGGCAUCCCGAGGGUCUCAUCACACAAAAUAUAAAUAUAGCAGCUACCUGAGUGAUAGCGAUGGCGAGGAUAAGCCUUCUGAGAGCACAGCAUAAAUUACUCAUUCAGCUUUCAUAAUAUUCUUUUGCAUGAGAAGUUGAUCUCCGUUGUGCACAAGCAGACACAAACACAAUAAUCGCACAUACAAAUACUUAACUGUCAAUAUCACUUUGGGCCCCAGAGCAAUGCAUUAGCAUUAUAAAAACUUACUGUUACUAAUUCUUGCGCAGAGCUUGCUAUGCCUCACCAUGCACGGGUUUGAGCAUGGUAUCAGAUCCAGGUUUGCAAGACCUUUGUUCUUUUCAGCAGCAUCCAACCACCAACCCCCACCCCUAAAACUGCUGCUUCACAAAUGAUGACUUGUUUCUGGUGGUUGCAUUCAAGCAAUUGCUUGGCUUUAGCAGCCCUCCCCUUAUUCUUGCUUUUCAUUAUAGUCUGAACUGAGCCAAAGAACUUGAGGUUGCAAUUAUACAUGAUCAGUGCACAGUAAUACAAUGUAUUACCAAAAGCCUUGGAUGCAAUUACUUGUGUACACUGUGUAGUGAAUGCCUUUUUAUACUUACUAUUUUCACUUCUUUCUGGAACAAGUGCCAUUUUAUUUAAGUAGGUUUCUCUAUGACUGACUUCUCAGCUUCUGCACUUGGGAUUCACUGCGAUGCCAUGCACCACACCGGCUUGGUUUUUGUUCCCUCGGUUUUCAACACUAACUGCUCUCUACCAAGAGCAAAUCAUUUUUACCCCCUUUUUAUAUUUUGUUUAAAAGAGAGGAAUAAGUUGUUUGGUGGGUACUGCCAUAAAGGAAAUGAAAUUCAUUGAAAUUUGAGCAUACCUCAAAUUUCUGUUUUUGCUCCAACUUGAUUUGACUUGGUGCUUGCUACAGUACUUUAAGAGUAAAAGGUCUUUAACUCAGCUGUAUUUACUGUGUCCUUGUGUUUGUUGUUCACAUUCUUGCUCCAAUUUUUGGAUUUGGUUGUGCUUUACUUUAAUAUUCUCAGCAUUUGGCAACUGUCCUGGUUUGGUUUCUGACAAAACGUAUUGCCAGUCAGCAGACAGUAUCCUCAGUCAGUUUGUUCAUGUGCUUUUUGGAUGAUGUUACUUAAUUGGACGCACUACAUGUCAGAGCUGAUACUGUGAAACUACGUUCAGUGUCCGAGGCCUGUUAACUUUGGUGGGUUUUUCCUUCCUGGGCCACCCAGUAUUGCCUCAUAAUCAGCAGGAAAAGAAAAGCCCACAUUUCUUCAAUUGUCGAAGUAUUGGAUUUAACCCUUUGGCUAGCUCUCUAGUAUUUAUGAAGUACCAUUGAAAUAUUUUAGCAAUGUACCCAAAGUCUGUAAUGUCUUUCCAUUGUAUUGGGCCUGUAUGGUUUUUGCUGACACUCUGUAUGAGGGGUGACGUGUGAUUAUAUGCUUUUUUUAUAGACCUUCGUCUUUGCUUCUCAUUCUCUAUGCAGUCAACACAAGUUUUGAAAUAAAUUUGGAAGAGUGUUUUUGACCUUAUCCCUGAUAAACCUCACCCAGUAAACUUAUUGCUAUUAAAGCAAAAAAGCAGACGGCUGUUACUGCAUACAUUAAUAUUUAUAUUUAAAAAUCUGUAUGAUUCAUGCUACCUUAAAAAGUAGUGCACAUUUAUUUUCAUCAUUGAAUUGACCACUUGUUACAAGUAAUAAUUUUGCAUUACAAUUUAAUAUAUUGUAAAUAAAUGAUGGUGACUGUUUCAAAGUGCCUCCAAAAUUGAUUUUUUUCCAUGUGCCAAUGUAAAAUGUUCAUUUACUGUACUUUGUCUCUUUCAUGCUUGAUGUUUUGAUGUUUCACACACUUUGAGAAAUGUUUUCUGUUGAACACUACUUGAAAGCAGAGCUGUGAUGGUCCACAAGUGUGCUGGAUUACUGUCA